AUGGGAGAAGGACCCCAUAGGCUCAAAGGGCGGGCCCGUGAGCCUAGAAAGAAGCAAGUUAAGGUCCCAUUGUGGGACAGGAGCCCAGACCUGCAGGAAGAGCCUCUUGAGGCCUCUCAGGAAUCUGAUCAACUUGUCGUGAGAGAAUACCAUCUGACCUUGGAUCAGCGGGUGGAAAGCGGAGAUGACUGCAAGGUGCACCCUGAUGGAAGAGAGGGCCAGUCCCCGGUUCUUAAGAUGAAGCAGCCAUACCCACAGCCACAGCCAUACCCACAGCCACACCCACAGCCACACCCACAGCCACACCCACAGCCAUACCCACAGCCACACCCACAGCCACACCCACAGUCAUACCCACAGUCAUACCCACAGCCACACCCACAGCCAUACCCACAGCCACACCCACAGCCAUACCCACAGCCACACCCACAGCCACACCCACAGCCAUACCCACAGCCACACCCACAGCCACACCCACAGUCAUACCCACAGCCACACCCACAGCCAUACCCACAGUCAUACCCACAGCCACACCCACAGCCACACCCACAGUCAUACCCACAGCCACACCCACAGCCACACCCACAGUCAUACCCACAGCCAUACCCACAGCCACACCCACAGCCACACCCACAGCCAUACCCACAGCCACACCCACAGCCACACCCACAGCCAUACCCACAGCCACACCCACAGCCAUACCCACAGCCAUACCCACAGCCACACCCACAGCCAUACCCACAGCCACACCCACAGUCACACCCACAGCCAUACCCACAGCCACACCCACAGCCAUACCCACAGCCAUACCCACAGCCACACCCACAGCCAUACCCACAGCCAUACCCAUACCCACAGCCACACCCACAGCCAUACCCACAGUCAUACCCACAGCCAUACCCACAGCCACACCCACAGCCACACCCACAGUCAUACCCACAGCCACACCCACAGCCAUACCCACAGCCACACCCACAGCCACACCCACAGUCAUACCCACAGCCACACCCACAGUCAUACCCACAGCCAUACCCACAGCCACACCCACAGCCACACCCACAGCCAUACCCACAGCCACACCCACAGCCAUACCCACAGUCAUACCCACAGCCACACCCACAGCCACACCCACAGUCAUACCCACAGCCACACCCACAGUCAUACUCACAGCCAUACCCACAGUCACACCCACAGCCAUACCCACAGCCACACCCACAGCCACACCCACAGCCAUACCCACAGUCACAACCACAGCCACACCCACAGCCACACCCACAGUCAUACUCACAGCCAUACCCACAGCCAUACCCACAGUCACACCCACAGCCAUACCCACAGCCACACCCACAGCCACACCCACAGUCAUACCCACAGCCAUACCCACAGCCACACCCACAGCCACACCCGCAGUCAUACCCACAGCCACACCCACAGCCAUACCCACAGCCACACCCACAGUCAUACCCACAGCCAUACCCACAGCCAUACCCACAGUCAUACCCACAGCCACACCCACAGCCAUACCCACAGCCAUACCCAGAUUCUUAG